AUGAAGUGGAAACUGAUAAACUCUGUUGAUAGUCUUCUUCAGCACCUCGAACAUCGCUUAGCCGAGUUGCAACGACUGAAGUCCGCCUCAGUAGAUGCAGAUGACCAUGGCUCCGUCAAUGAAGUCCGUGAAGCUGACGUCGCUCACGAUGUCGCCGCUCAGGUAGCCUCCAUCUCAAUCACGAAUAACCUUUCUCUCAGUCUCUUCCAAGGCUCAGCUAUAUUACCACAUAAGUCGAAACUCUUCUAUCCCUCUGAGCGUCCACCACUUAAAAUCCCAAUUCGCGGAAUCUACCAUGAAGUCAACCCCCGAACAGCAGGCGAAGCAUACGCAAGUCAGUUCUCAAGCUUCAACUCACAACACGUUCCUCUCAACGUGAUGGAGCGGCUAUUCAGAAACUACACCGAAGAGAUCCUCCCGCGAUUCCCCUGUUUCUCGGAGGCAGAGCUAGCCUACCACUUUAACCACACAUGCAUCAACAGCGCUAAACCGGGGCUUUCCCGUGUUCAAGAUGCCCUUUCUCGAUUCGUCAUCUCGAUGACCAUGGCAAUCAGUGCCCUCAACUCAAAGAACCAAGACUUUCGUAAAGUCGCGGCUCUCAGUGAGGCUCUACACGCGGACGCCAUGAAGUACGUCGACGACUUGCUGCAUGAAUGUUCCAUCUCGGCUUUACAGUGUCUGAUAUUGCUUAUACAACUUGCGCUGUUGCUACCUCAAACUUCCAAUCUAUGGUAUCUUACCGGAGAGGCUAUGCGCAUGGCUGUAAGCCUUGGACUGCAUCAAGAGCCAGAACCACGCAUCUUUAGAGAUAGAGCACACGCGGAGCAGCGCCGACGCAUCUUUUGGGUCGUCUACCAACUCGACAGAAUCGUGUCCAUCUCUGGAGGAUGUCCAGUUGCCUUGAGUGAUGAGCACAUUACAACCAGGCUUCCCUACGACUUCGGCGACGUAUCUGACUUGGCAGAAAGGGCCGAUUCAAAGCGAGUCAGCACCCCAAAAGAGCGGCAGUUCCUCCUUGACCUCCAAGUCUGCAUCAUGAAAUCCGAGAUCCAGGCAACCCAAUUUUUCGACCGCCCUGUUCCUAGUUAUUUCGGGUCCCAUGACGACUGGGUCCAGCAGAUGGAUGUCAGGACACGAAAUCUCUCUCACGAUGUCUCUGCGCACGGAAAUCCGCACUCAUCGCUGGUGGCUAGUUGUCUCCAAUGCCAAAUCAUGCUACACCGUCCUUGCUCCCACAACAUCGCCGUUUCCGAAACAUCUCUGGUAUCCGUGGUGAACGCGGCUAUCGAGCUGAUAGCACUGGAUGCGAAGGCGGCCGAGUCUGGCGGUCUUGUCAUGGUAUUCGAAAUCGGCAACAGGAUGUUCCAACCUGGCAUGCUCUUGCUCUACGCUCUUCGAAACCAUGCUACAAAGUUACAGCGUGCGUCACUCGCAGACAUUGCCACCGCCUCAUUGAAGAAUCUCUCAGUGCUUCUCACCAACCUCUCAAGCAGAUGGCCACCUCUAUCCGACACAGCAAGCUACAUCAACGAACUCAUUGAAACGAACCUCCGCAAUCCGCUCGGCCACAACGGAAGCCACUACGACAUGCAAGUCCUCGAAGAACUCGACUGUCUAGUCACUCAGCGACGAAUCCAUAGCAUUCGCCACCGAAACAUUUCCUUCCCGCCUCCAAAGAGACCAACGCCUCCUCCAUCGGAACCAGAAACCGCCGGCAGAGACUUUUUGAAUGACAUGCAGUGGUGGACAGACUUCAUAGAUCAAGACUUUGUCACGAACGAAAGUUGCUUCUCGCUUCCUUCUGGCGGCGGACAGACGGUUUCCUCGCCUUCUUCAGAACCUAACGAGACUAGGGCUGAGCGUGGGCGAGAUACUAGGGAUAGCAACGCCAGCGACUUGGAAAAGGAGCUAGACGUCGUCCUUGACGCGAUUCCCUCUUGCAGCUUUUGUAGGGAUAGACGGACAAAGUGUCAGCGUCAACUCCCUGCUUGUAAGGAAUGCGCGAGGACCUCGCGAGAGUGCUUCAUCUUUGACCCGAUUCUGAUGGCAAACAUCCCACUCCGACGUGUGCAACUUCUUAUCGGGGAGCUGAAGGAUCUUUCAAAGCAGAUACCAUCACCUUCACGUUCGUCAAGCAACACACAUCAACCACCAGCUACCGGAAAUCCCUUAUUCCUGCCUCUCCAACGAGGCGCAUCUCCUCUUUCCGAAACCGUAUUAUCCAUCUCUCUACCUAGCACUGUAUUCUAUGGCCCCUGGUCCUCUCUCGGUUGUCUGCGAGAUCAACUUCAACAUAAAGCAAGCUACAAACUAUUAUCGACAAAACGCACUGCCAUGAGAAACACGAUCCCGACUCUCUCGUUUCAGAGCCUCAUCUCCUUCCAACCUUUGCCAGAAAGUCUAGCUGCUCCCAUCUUCAACCUCUUCAGCCGCUCAACAAACACCUUCUUCCCAAUCUUCCAACCCCAAACCCUCAACAACAUCCUGACCACAUAUUACCACCCAAACGCUGUUCCUCCACGUCCACACAACACCCCUCUCUUCAACCUCAUAAUCGCUCUCGGCGCCCAAAUCAGUAGCAAGUUCACACCCUCACUUUCCGCCCUGGCAGAGCAUCACUUCCAAAACGCUAUCAGCUCUCUCCCAAUCACCUGCGCCCACGCCUCCCGCACCGAAAACGUCAGUCUGCUUCAACGAACCCUCCUCAUUUGCGUAUACACCCUCCUCCAACCCAGCGCAGGAGAUGUCUGGCGACACCUAGGUUUCGCCAUCCGUCUGUUUCUCGACUUGUCGCAUCGGCCGUCGAUGGAGGAAGACGAAGACCAUGAAGUGUUUCGCAUGCUUACUAGGACUUUGUACACUCUUGAGAGCCAUGUUUCGAUUGCGUUUGGUCGACCAAGUCUACUUGUCAUCGGAGACGAUCUCCGUCGCGAGCUCGUAGAAAAGAGCGGCAACAACCUCCAAGAUGAGAUCUCAAUCUCUUCAUACCAAGUAUCCCUCCUCAAGAUGCAGAUCCACAGCACAAUCCUUGACCGCGAGCGCAAUACUUCAGUCAUCCACGAGACUCAACCCCUUCGAGAUAUUUGCGAAACCUACCGCCAAAGUCUUGACUCAUGGUUCGCGAGAUGGAAAGAGAUCACAACCUCAAUUUCUUCUUCAUGUUUAAUUCCAUCAUCAAUACCGUGGAGUCACGCCCUCCAAGAAACCCUACUCUCAUGGGGCUCUUUGCACUAUCACCACGGCAUGUCCCUCGUCACAACCCUCUGGCCAACACCAGGCGGAGAUCCAUCCACCAUUUGCGGCAGCGUCUCCAAGGCAGGGCUACAACUCGUUCGUCACCAGCAGCUUUUUGCAAAUCUCACCUGCGAGGGAGCACCAUCGGGUGAAGGAGAUGUCGUAGUGUUCCCUUGCGAGUGGACCAUGGCUCAUCUGGUGCUCCAAGUUGGUCUCCGUGCUAUGGGAGAGAAGGACAAGCCGAUCGUCGGCGAAAAGAACGAGGACCCGUCACUGGCACUUUGCAUCUCGUUAUUGCUGCUUCUUGAGGCUGAUGACUCGAAACUAUUGAGAGGGCUAUCACCAGUUUUUGAGCGGCUAUCCGAGAAGGUUUCAUUAUGA